GAGGCUCUCCAAACGCAGGUUCAACGGGAUAUGAAGGUGAACACGGCUCAGUUCAUGGCACUGUAUGCGUGGUAUUCCUGGCCCAAUGUGGUUCUGUGCUUCUUCGGAGGUUUUCUGAUAGACAGAGUAUUUGGGAUACGGUUGGGCACUAUAAUAUUUAGUAUCUUUGUUUGUGUUGGGCAGGUAAUUUUUGCUUUGGGAGCACUACUUAAUACUUUCUGGCUGAUGGACGUGGGCAGAUUCAUAUUUGGAAUAGGUGGAGAGUCCUUAGCAGUGGCACAAAACACAUAUGCAGUCAGUUGGUUUAAAGGCAAGGAGUUAAAUCUUGUGUUUGGAUUACAGCUAAGCAUGGCCAGAAUUGGGAGUACAGUGAACAUGAAUAUCAUGGGAUGGAUAUACUCUAGAGUUCGAGAUCUUCUGGGGUAUACUGGUCCCAGUACUCUCGGGUUAACUCUCAUGAUAGGUGGCGUAACAUGUCUCUUUUCACUGACCUGUGCACUAAUCCUUGCUUAUCUGGACAGGAGAGCAGAGAAGCUCCUUCAUAAAGAACAAGGGAAAACAGGUGAAGUGAUUAAGCUAACUGACGUGAAGGACUUCUCGUUGUCCUUGUGGCUUAUAUUUGUAAUCUGUGUCUGUUACUAUGCAGCAGUUUUUCCUUUCAUUGGACUUGGAAAGGUUUUCUUUAUUGAGAAAUUCAGAUUCUCAUCUCAAGAAGCAAGUGCAAUUAACAGUAUUGUGUAUAUCAUAUCAGCACCCAUGUCACCAGUCUUUGGACUCCUGGUGGAUAAACUUGGAAAGAAUAUCAUCUGGGUUUUAUGUGCUGUAAUAACUACACUUGCUUCUCACAUUAUGUUGGCUUUUACCUUCUGGAACCCGUGGAUAGCAAUGUGUUUGCUUGGUGUGGCCUACUCAUUGCUUGCCUGUGCCCUGUGGCCCAUGGUAGCCUUUGUUGUUCCAGAACACCAGCUAGGAACUGCUUAUGGCUUUAUGCAGUCUAUCCAGAAUCUUGGUCUGGCAAUUAUUGCUAUAGCAGCUGGGAUGAUUCUUGACACGAGAGGAUACUUGUUUCUUGAAGUCUUCUUCAGUGCUUGUGUUUGCUUGUCACUAAUAGCUGUAGUCAUGCUGUAUUUUGUGAAUCACCUCACAGGUGGUGAUCUCAACUGGUCUGCAAAGAAAAGGGAAAAACUGCAAAAAGUAGCUGCAACUGAUGUCAUGAAAAGCUAGAUUUCUCCUCAGAAGAAACUGCACUCCAGUCACUUCCCCUUCAGUUUCAGCUUGCUCCUCUUGCUAUCUUGCUUAGAAGUCCUAAUUCAACUUGUCUCUGAAAACUGUGGCUUGAGUCUAAAUUGCAGUUCUAAUGGGAAACUCACUUUGUGGUUAGAUCUGUGUCAUAAAUAUUAUUGAUUACUGUGAAAAGUUUCCAUUUUUAGAAAGAAAAUGGGGUGGGGUAUUUCAAUAACAUGGAAUCCACUUCCUUUAAAGGGAAAUGGAGCACUUGAGGUGGGCUUAGGGCAGAAAUUGUCAAAAUAAGCAAAUUUUGACAGUUCAUCCAAUUAAGCAAAUCUCAUUCUGUGGGAGACUUGUAUGUCCUGCUUUCCUUUCCUACAGAAAAUAAGGGCAGUGAAACGCUUCAGAGUAGUAACUUAAAAAAAUUCUUUUCCUUGGUCUUGACAAAACAUUGUUGGCGUGUUAAGGGUCCAUUGCUGUGCGUAGCUCUAAGAGCUGGAAUCAGGUACUCUUGCUUCUUAAGUGUUGUUUGAGCAAACCUGAAUGUAUCAGUCACCUGCUGUCGGGAUAUCCCCCGAGUUCUAGGGCACUGGAUUUAUCCCGUCUGCACAGUAGAAAGUUUACUUGCUUUUUUGUUUGCUAUCCAAGAAUGCUAAAUGCAGGGUAAAGCUCUCAGUGGAUAUGGAAUGCUGUACAAGGGAGUCAAACACUGGAUUAGGCUUACAGCUUUCAGAAUAAUUGCCUUGUCUUGGGGGAAGAGGACAGGAAAAGCAUUGUAUCGCAAAGUCCAUUAAGAGAUGUCACCCUAAAGGCAAAACAAAAGAUCCUUCCACUUCAGCUUUUCCACUAUCUAAUUUACUGCCUAGAAAACCUGCCUUUUUUAAGUAGACAUAAUGUAAAGUCUGCCCAUCAGACUGAGUUUAGGCAGCUUAGUUUGUUUUGAUGACCUUGUUGAGUGCUGUUCCUAGUAGUGUGUCAGCACCCAGAAAUUGUCACCUUUUCCAAAUCCUAAUUUCCAAGUCCUCACAAGUGCUGUGAGGAUUAAAAAUAUGUGCCUUGGAGAAUGUAAUGUAAAUGGGGAUCGAGUAUUUGUUAAUGUAUUGAUUUUUUUUUUUUAAUAUAUUUAAAGCAAAUGUUUAACUUGCUUAAGGGUUGAACAAGUCUAAAAAGUCUGAGGUUCUGCUCCUCUGAUCUGAAUUUGUUUUGAUGAGAUUGCGGUUGAUAACUGAUGGAAAGAGCACGGUAUAUGCAUUUCAUGACUCCAGUCAUAGUUUCACAUUUGUCAUGUGAAAGAGUAAGUCAAUAUGCAGCAAGUCACAGCUUUCAAGAUAACAUCUGUAGAAUUCAAGCUGCUCGUACAUGAACACCACAGAAUUUUUUUUUUUAAAUGCUUUCUGUUCUGACCUAGUUCAGCUCAGCAAGUUUCUUCAGAUCUUGAAGCUCAUUUGCCUGUAAUGCUGGAAUUUUUUACUUUGUAAUAGAUAACUAUAUUUCACCUGCAGAUAUUGUACAUCCCACAGCUUUUAUAUAUGUUUGUUCCAGAUGAAUACUUUGCUAACAAGACGUGUCUUAUAAAUGGCCUUCUCUAAAACUGGACAGUGUAACUGUCCAUAUGAUGACACUUAAGUUAGUCUUGAAAAAACACAAAAUGCCUGUCAACAAGGCCUGGCCAGGUGACUUGUGGGGUUUAAUGUGGUUUUGUUUCUUGUCCUAAUUUGUGGGCUUUUUACGCACCAGUCUUGAGGAAAGCUCAAUGAAACUAAAAUCUCACCGGACCUGGUGAGCAUGCUAGCUUGCAUGCUAGGUGAUGAGUAUCCUCUUCAGGCCAAAAGGUCACAGCCAGUUUUUAAUACAAUGCAACAAAAAACCCCCAACCCCUCCAACAGGAGCAAAGGAAUUCUGUGUCCAAGUAGAGCUGCUUUUCAAUCUGCCUGGCCCAUGUGGGAUGUGUGUAAUGCUUCCAGUAUUUACUGUGAAAAAUGGGUUUGCAUUAGUGUAUGCUGUGGGAUGUAGUGUCUUAGAACAAUAUUUUCAGUAAUUUUUAUUACAAUGUUU